GGUAGUAGUGAGUUGUUGUGGUGAGUCUCGGCCUCCUUCCUCGUCGUGGCCACGUGGACAGACUGCUGGAUGGUGAACGCCGACGACAGCCUCGAGGUGAGCCAGAAGUGCCGUGGGCUGUGGUGGGAGUGUGUGACCAACGCCUUCGAUGGCAUCCGCACCUGUGACCAGUUCGACUCUAUACUGGCAGAGCACCCACUGAAGAUCGUGCUGUCCCGCUCCCUCAUCCUCACCGCUGACAUCCUCGCCUGCUUCGCCUGCAUCAUCCUCAUCCUGGGCCUCGACUGCGUGCGAGUGCUCAGCAAUGAGCCCCGAAUCAAGACCCGCAUCUGUUACACGGCCGGCUUCAUCUACCUCCUCGCCGGCAUCCCCGGCAUGGUGGGGUCCGUGUGGUACGCCGUGGACGUGUACGUGGAGCGCUCCACGCUGGUGCAGCAGAACGUCUUCCUGGGCAUACAGUACGAGUUUGGGUGGUCCUGCUGGCUGGGCAUGGCCGGCUCCAUGGCCUGCAUCCUGGCCGGGAUCGUCCUCACCUGCUGCGUCUACCUGUUCAGGGAUGCGAACGCCGCCCGCCUGCACAGAUCCCCGUACGUCGCUCCACGCACCUCCCUGGGCAAGAUGUACGCCAUGGCUUCCCACGUGUGACCUCACUUCCUGUGCGGGGUGACGUCACUUCCUGUCAUUGCUGCUGCCACUCCCCAAUCUCCAAGCGAGGGGAAAAUGGCCGCCGUGUGCUCCUCCAUUAACACGACCACCACCACCACUCCUACACCACAACCACCACCACCAAUCCUCCACCAACACAACCACCACCACUCCUACACCACAACCACCAACACAACC